GAAAGUUAAGUUGCUCAGCUUUUUGCAUCUGAUUUGUUGGAUCUGACUCUUGGACUGCAAAAUCAGUCAGACUACAUUCAACACUGCAGACCACUGAAACUGCCCUCAAACUUGGACAACAGAACCAUGAGGCUCGUGAAGAUGUUUUCUCUUCUGAGUUGGGUGUUAAUUCCAGGUUGCUGGGCUCUCGAUGGUCCAAACAAAGUCCAUAGUGAUGUAGGAGCAUCACUGUCAGUACAAUGCUGUUAUGACAAAGACUAUGAAAAUCAUUCUAAGUAUUGGUGCAAAUUCCAAGCAGUUUGGAAAGUCUUCAGUAACUACUAUUGUGCUGUAUUAAUAAGUUCUGAUUUAGACAGAAAAGUGGAGGAUACCAGAAUCUCGAUCCAAGACAGUCAACAAAACCAAUGCUUUCAAGUGAAUAUGAAGAACGUGACAUUAGAAGAUGCUGGACUUUAUCAGUGUGGUAUAAAACGCAGGUUUUUACCUGAUUUCACACAUAAUAUUCAAGUGAUUGUCUACCAAGAUCCAGAAGAAGGAUCAACAAUCUCUGAGCCACCAGAAAAGAUAUCAACCACUGAACAUGAUGAAAAGCUGUCAUCUACUGAAACAUCAGAACCUGGGUACAUUGCAGAGGACACAGAUGAAUCUGGUCUCAACCCUAUUACCACAGAGGCAUCUGGGGAAACACAUGUCAACAUUUUGAUAUAUUGCACAGUGCUGCUGUUUAUUAUCCUCUUACUUGCAGCUGUGGUGUUGGUGGUAAUGUCCAGCAAAAAGAGGGCAGGAGUAUGUUUGCUAAGGAAAAAAGAAACCAACAUGUCAUUCAUGGCAUCUCGAGACAAUACAGAGGAUGCCCACAUUGAGGACACUAAUCCAGAUCACCCUCCAGAUGUUGAAGGGACAGGGCUCUACAGGGUUGUUGAGGUCCAUCCAAAACACACCUAUGAUGAGAUCCACUUUCAAGAAAAGCCUAUGGACAAUGGGGAUGAGGAUCCUUACAUCACACUGACUCUUUCAGAUUUACAGGAACAGACUAUCUAUGACAAUGUGGGUUUCCCCAGCCAAGCAUCUGUACAUCUUCUUUCUCAGGAGGGCUUGUAUGCAAAAGUGAACAAGAAGCCUGGACAGAAGGGAAGUGUGACAAAUUCAACCAAAGUCCAAACAUAAGCAGGAAUGGUCCAGCUGUUUCCCAAUGCAAAAAGGACUUGGAACAGAGCCUAGCCAAACCUUCACCAGAUCUUCAGGUGCAGAUAAGUAGGGACUGGUACACAAAAUAGCAAAUGUUCUGUGAAAAACAGACUUUUUGAAAGUGGGGAGAGCAGAAAUAGGGAUGAGAGACUCUCAUGUUCACAUACUUUUGCAGGGGGGCUCCGAACAUUAUGCUGUGGAAACAGAAUUGUGACUUUUCUUCUUUGUGAAUGUUUGCAGUCAAAGAAAGAAAUACAGGAAAAUUUAAGUUUUAA